AUGUCCAAGAUUUCUCCCCCCAAGCCGUGGGAAGUUAACGGCCCACCACAAUCUUGUAGGUUUUCUUCCCUCCCUUCUAAGCCCCUAUCUCCACCACGAUAUCUACGUUCCGGGGGUCUACAUUGUUAUUUUUUUUCUCCGCCUUUCACUUACUCUUCUGUCUUGCCAGCCCUCGGAUCGUCGUCGAGCGUGAUGUCUACCCCAGCAGCCGCCUCUGUCUCCUCACCAGCUCCAACCAGCGCCACCAUAGCACCGGCAAUGGCGGCGGUAGGGGCUAACCCCGCCGCACCACCGUCGCUCCCUACUCGACCGUCGGCCCUCGCGGGUGCCAUGACCGCGAACCGACUGGGGGCUACAGCCGCCGCAGGAGCUUACUCCACCUACAACAGACCAGGAUAUGGCCUCGGUGGUGGCCUGGGGGGCGGAUAUGGCUCCUAUGGAGCUGGAAUGGCACCGUACUCGCGAUUCGGUGGCUACAGUGGGAGUAUGUACGGUGGGAUGGGUGGGAUGGGUGGUUUCGGGGGAUACGGAGGCUUCGGAGGCAUGCCCGGCGAUCCGAAUGACCCGAAUAGCUUCGCACGUGGGAUGGAAAGCAGUACUGCUGCUACUUUUCAAAUGAUCGAGAGCAUUGUUGGAGCAUUUGGAGGUUUCGCGCAGAUGCUCGAGUCGACGUAUAUGGCUACCCAUUCCUCUUUCUUCGGUAGGUGUCUGAGCGGCUUGGGCGACGGAGUAGUGUUACCACGUGGUUGUGCUGAUAUUUGUUGGAAUGAUAGCAAUGGUUCAAGUUGCCGAGCAAUUUGGCAACCUGCGAAACACCCUCGGGUCAAUAUUAGGUAUUUUUACAAUGAUGCGAUGGGCACGUAUUGCCGUGGCAAAGGUGACUGGCCGUCCACUACCGGUGUCAACCGGUGAGUUGACUGCUACCAAUUUCGCCGCCUUUCAAGGUCGUGGGCGGAAAGGCGCUUCCCGCCCAUCCAAGAAGCCAUUCUUGUUCUUUGUAUUUGCCGUCUUUGGUUUGCCAUACUUGAUGGGCAAACUUAUCCGAUCUCUCGCCCGUCGUGAGGAGGAACGGAAGAAGAUUACGGGCACGAUCCUAGAGGGCGACAUCGCGGUGCAGAUGGAUCCUACAAAGCUAGAAUUUUGUCGUGUCAUGUUCGACUUUACGCCCGAGCAGAAUAACGGGGCCGAGCUGGAGGUCAAGAAGGGUGACUUGAUUGCUGUCCUGAGCAAGGCGGAUCCUAUGGGCAAUCCCUCGCAGUGGUGGAAGUGCCGCGCUAGAGAUUCACGAGUUGGAUACCUACCAAGCCCGUAUCUAGAGAUUAUCACGCGAAAGGAGGGUACAGCCAAACAGAUCACCGCGGGGGAUGAAGGUCGAACACAGACAAUGACAAGUGAAAUCGCAGGGGAAUUGAUGAAGGACACAAAACCGGGGGAUAUUAGUAUUGAGAGUUUUCAGAAAAGUCAGUUUUUCUCAUAGUUGUGACAAGGACUUUUCUUUGUGUGGGAGGGGAGGGGGGAUAGAGGGUGUUUUUGUCGUUUGGUUCUUUUCAUGCCCGCCUCUCUUUGCUCGUCGCGUUAAUCUACUCCUUCUCCUCCUUCCAUUUCACGUUGUUUUCAUCUCUUUGUACGGCAGAUCGUGCAGCUACGGCACCGCCACUUGCUUCCUUAUGUUCUCCAUUAGCGGGUCUGCUGUUAGUCGACGGAGAAAGACAUGUUUCACCCGCUGUGUGUAGCUUACACGGGUAUACCGGAGUGGGCUUUACGAAUACUGUCCAGGAAAUCAAAGUCUUUUUAGGGGC